AAAUGAGAGAGUGAAAGCAUGUGCACCAAAUGGUAGAAAAAAAUUUCCCCAAUGACAGGGCCAAGUUUGCCCCUUCGCCCUUCCCAUCUUGACUAUUCGUUCCACUUCAAAGAUUCUUAUGUCCUUCUUCCUCGUCCAACCCAUCCCACAAACCAAAUGCUUGCUAGCUAGCUAGCAACAAUGGCAGCCGCAGCUAGAGCGAGCUGCGGUCCCUCCGGCCUCGCCGUCCUGUGCAGCCUCUACUGUCUUUGGACGCUUGCCAUCCAUGUCCCUCGCGCUGGCUCGGUGUCCUUCAACCUCACCUUCUCCAUGCCCCAGAGCCCAGACCUCUCCCAGCUCAUAACCUUCGCCGGCGACGCCUACCUCAGUCCAAACACCCUCGAGCUCACGCGGAACCAGCGUGACCAAAGCAGCACCUACAGUGUCGGCCGGGCGACGUACACGCAGCCAGUGCCGCUCUGGGACGCAGCGACCGGCGAGACGGCGAGCUUCGUCACCACCUUCACCUUCAACAUCAGUCUGGAUCCGAGCACUUUCGCCGGCGAUGGGAUGGCCUUCUUCCUCGCGCAUUUCGGCCCCGGGUCACGUGUCCCUACCAACAGCUCCGGGGGCAUGCUCGGCCUCCUCCCGGCCUACACCAACGGCACCGGCAACGGCACCAUCGUCGCCGUCGAGUUCGACACCUUUCGCAACCUGGCGAACGACGACAUCAGCAGCAGCCAUGUGGGCAUCGACGUCAACUCCGUCAACUCCACGGCGUCCACGGACACCACCUCGCCGACCAGGAACCUCACCUCCGGUUACGAGAUGGUGGCGACCGUCAGGUACGUGAAUGUCACCAGGUUGCUGGCCGUCCAGCUCACGAUCAACGACGACACAUCGUACUACGUCAACGCGACUGUUGAUCUCAAGAGCUACCUGCCGGAGCGUGUCGCCGUCGGCUUCUCCGCAGCGACCGGCGCCGGCGGCGAGCAGCACAAGGUGCUGUCAUGGACAUUUACAUCCACUCUGCAGGACGCACCAGCACCGGCACCGGCACCGCCGCCAGCUCUGACACCUGCUGGCACUGGCAGCAGCAUCCAGCAACCCAAGAAGACAUCAGGAGGAACACUGAUAAUCGCCGUGCUAGUGCCUGUGCUGUUUCUCUUGGCGUGUGCGGCUGCCGCCGUGGUGGUAUGGCAGAAACGCAGGAGGAGAAGAAGAAGAUCGUCGGGAGGAAUUGGAACCAGCGACGACGACGACAACGAUCACCAACAACAAGACGACAGCAGGGCGGAGCUCGAGAGAGGGGUGGCUGCCACCGGCCCCCGGCGGUACGCGUACCGUGACCUCGCCGCCGCCACCAACAACUUCGCCGAGGAUGGCAAGCUCGGUCGCGGUGGCUUCGGCAGCGUCUACAGGGGUACCCUCACUGUCGCCGGCGAAGAGCGUCCAGUGGCCAUCAAGAUGUUGUCGUCAGACUCGUCGGCGCAGGGGAGGAAGGAGUUCGAGGCGGAGGUGCGGAUCAUCAGCCGGCUCAAGCAUCGGAACCUCGUGCAGCUCCUCGGCUGGUGCGACAGCCGCCAUGGCCUCCUGCUCGUCUACGAGCUGGUGGCGCAAGGCAGCCUCGACAGGCAUCUCCACAGCAUCGACGGCGAGAGCUUCUUGACAUGGCCGGAGAGGUACCAGAUCAUCCUCGGCUUGGGAUCGGCGCUCCGGUACCUGCACCAGGAGUGGGAGCAGCGCGUGGUGCACGGCGACAUCAAGCCGAGCAACAUCAUGCUGGACGACUCGCUCGUCGCCAAGCUCGGCGACUUCGGCCUCGCCCGGCUCGGCGACCAUGGCGGGCGGUGGCAGACCACCAAGGCCGUGAUGGGCACGGCGGGGUACAUCGACCCGGAGUUCGUCAACACGCGCCACCCGAGCACCCACGCCGACGUCUACAGCUUCGGCAUCGUCCUCCUCGAGGUCGUCUCCGGCCGGUCUCCGGUGGUGUUGCUGCAAGGCGAGGCGCCCUUCGUUCUGCUGAAAUGGGUGUGGAGCCUCUACGGCCGGAACGCGAUCCUUGACGCGGCGGACGAGCGGCUGAGGUCCGGCGCCGACGAGCUCCGCGACGAGUGCAUGGAGAGGGUGCUCGUCGUCGGGCUGUGGUGCGCGCACCCUGACCAGAGCGAGCGGCCGUCCAUCGCGCAGGCCAUGCACGUCCUGCAGUCGGAGGACGCCAGGCUUCCGGCGCUCCCGCCGCAGAUGUACAAGACGGCGUCGGACCUCGCCGUCACUGGACGUUCCUACGGUGCUUUGUCCAUUGAAAGUUACAGCGGUGUUGAUUCCUCGACGACGACGACGACCACCACCACCACCAGCAGCGACUCCAAGGUUUCUUCAGCCUCGUCGACCACGGCCUUGCUCCGAGAUUCAAAAGAGAGAGCUUGAUUUCUGCAUGUUUUUUUUUCUUUUUUUUUAGGGAAAUGUUGAUAUGGACUGCCACUGUAUAUGUGGGAGCUGAAUUGUAUCAUUCUACAGACUGUAAAAAUAUGUUUUCACUUUUAUUAAUUUGGGUUGAAGCAAACAA